AGUCGUCUGGCCCUGAGCGGAAGAGGAGGCCAAAACACCCUCUAGAGAGGGCUCUACAGAGCUCCGUCUUUUGGAGGCCCAUCCACCAGCAGCGGCAUGAGGAAACAAUUGCAGGGAUGUGCCUUUAUGUUUUACCCCUGAGAGAAAAAAACAACUAAGUACAAGUCAUUGCACAACAAACUACGGUACUCCAAAUGCUUGCCUUCUGACUCACUGCACAAAAGCCACAGAGGUUGCUGUAGGGUAACUUAGGCAGAUUUUGCCCGGUGAUGGGCAGUGCUUAUCCUGCUGGUUACACCAGCCAGCAGAAGCCUCACUCCUCCUCCUCCUCUGCACUGUGGGAGGAGCUCUGCCGCACACUUGUUCACAAAACUUCCCCUAUUCACUUUAUUUGAUCCUUCUUGUCACUACGGCUUAUGUAGUUGCCACCAUUUGCUCACUCCCACGCCUCUCCCCUCCACAUCCGCCAGGCAUUUCCACAAAGGCGUGCAUGCUCCAGCUCACAAGUGAUUUGCAGGGAAGGCAGUGUCGAGCAACAGAAGUUAAUAUAUAUUUGAUCCCGGUCACUUAUUUCCUUGUUGCCGGGGUCCUUUUCACUUGGGGGCAGUUCGGCAACGUGCCCUGAAUUGACAAUUAGCUGCGGCGGUGCAAGGAUGGGAUUCCGCACGGAGGGCCUCGUCUGUCUUCUCACGUUGACGCAAGGUGUGUGCUGGGCAUUUAAUAUUGGAACAAAAAAUGCCCAGUUCUAUGAUGGCCCCGAAGAUGCCCAGUUUGGCUACACGGUGCGGCAGUAUGCAGAGAGAUCCAGCAAUUGGCUGUUGGUUGGGGCGCCGAGCUUGUUGUCAUCUGGUCCACGAACCGGGGACUUGUACAAGUGUCCUGUCCCUUCACGUAACGGGAACUGUGAGAAGCUGCAGUUCAGUGAUUCCAUCACCAUCCCGGAUGUGUCGGAGGUAAGGGAGAACAUGUCUCUGGGACUGAGCCUGGCCGUCCACCCCAGGACCAAGAGUAUCAUGUCCUGCGCUCCGCUCUGGGCUCACGAGUGUGGAAGUCUGUAUUUCCCUGUGGGUGCCUGUGCUGUGGCUGGACCUAACUUCCAGCAGCUUGGAAGCCCAUUUGCGCCGACUAUGACAGGCUGCCGUUCUUUCCUGGACAUCGUCCUUGUUCUCGAUGGCUCCAACAGCAUCUGGCCCUGGCCGUCCGUGCUGGAUUUUCUCAGCUCCAUCCUGGAGACAUUCUCCAUUGGGCCUGGGCAGACGCAGGUUGGCAUCAUGCAGUACGGGGAAACUGUCAGCAAUGAGAUGAACCUCAACCAGUUCACCAACAAAGCGCAGCUGAAGAUUGCAGCCAGCAAAAUCCCUCAGCGCGGAGGCAAAGUCACCAACACGGCCAUGGGCAUUGAGGCAGCACGGGCGACUGCAUUUUUGCCGGAAAACGGCGGAAGAGCGGAGGCGUCCAAGGUGAUGAUUGUGGUGACAGACGGGGAGUCAUCUGAUGCCUACAAACUGCCAGGGGUGAUCAAGGAUUGCAACGAUGAUGGGAUCACUCGCUUCGGCAUUGCGGUUCUGGACUACUACAUAAGUUCCAAUAUGAAUGUGGAAAAACUCCAAGCAGAGAUCCGCUCAAUCGCCAGCACGCCCACAGAGAAAUACUACUUCGACGUCAAGAGCACAGGGGCACUCGUGGACAUCACCAAGGCCCUUGGGGAACGCAUCUAUAGCCUGGAGGGAACCAGCGACAUCUCGACGUUCGAGAUGGAGUUGUCAGAGGCUGGAUUCUCCAUACUCCCCGUGAAGGACGGCUGGCUGCUGGGGGCGGUGGGCGCUUUCGAUUGGCUGGGCACCGUGCUGCACGUGCCCGACGCGGGUGGCGCCGGCUCCGUGCUGCUCCCCCGAGCUGCGCUUGCCGCCGAGUUCCCGCCGUCUCUCAAGAACCACAACAACUACCUCGGGUACUCGCUCUCAUCCGCAAGCCUGCAGGGGAAAACCUUGUACAUCGCGGGGGCACCUCGCUACAACCACACGGGCAAAGUGGUCACGUUCGGCAUGGACGACACCUCCAGGGAUUAUGCUAUUCGCCAGUCCCUGGUUGGACAACAGAUCGGUUCGUACUUUGGCGGGGAGGUGUGCGCCAUGGACGUGGACGGGGACUCGGUGUCGGACGUGCUGCUCGUGGCCGCCCCCAUGUUCAUGGACUCGUCAAGCAGAGAGACGGGCCGCGUCUACCUCUACACGUUCAGCCCCCAGGGUGUGUUGGAGUGGAGCGCUCACCUCUCGCCGGCCGAGAGCCAGGACUCGCGCUUCGGCUCGGCUCUGGCCGCCGUCCCCGACCUCAACCAGGACGGCUGGGGGGAGCUGGCGGUGGGGGCUCCGCUUGAGGACGAGCGCCAGGGCGCCGUCUACCUGUUCCAGGGCCACGGCCGCUCCCUGCGCACCACCCACGUGCAGCGCGUCGCGGCAUCCACACUCGGCCUGCAUCGCCUCCAGUACUUCGGCCGCGCGCUCCACGGCAUGCUGGACAUGGACCGGAGCGGCAUCCCCGACCUCGCCGUCGGGGCCAACGGCAAGGCCGUGCUGCUGUGGUCCCGAGCGAUCGCACGGGUCUCGGUGACGGUCAAAUUCAACCCGAACAAGAUCAACAUGAUGGACAAGACAUGCAAGGGGUUGGGGCAGGACGCUGUUUGCGUGAUGGCACAGAUGUGCCUCAGUGCCAACGUGCGGCCUGCUCAAAUGGCCAGCUCUCUGCUUGAGCUGGUGUACAACAUGACGCUGGACCCCGUGCGGUCGGUGUCGCGCGCUCACUUUGUCGGUGGCGUGGAGCGGACCCUGCAGGGCACUGCAACCGUCCGACCAGAUACCUCCUCCCCGUUCUGCAGGGACUACACUUUCUACGUGAUGGAGCUCGCCGACAUCGUGAAGCCGCUGGAGCUACGCGUGGACCUAGCCCUGAAAGACCCCGAGCAGGGGCCCGUGCUGGAUGUGGAGGAGCUCAGCAGCAAGAUCUUCGAGCUGCCGUUCACCAAGGACUGCGGCACAGACGAGCGCUGCGAGACGGAUCUGGUGCUCACGCUGGAGCACGAUAUCAAGGGCACACGGGAGUCUCCGUACGUGGUGAGGUCGGAGAGGAAGAAGCACGUGGUGUCUAUCACACUGGAGAACCGCAGAGAGAAUGCCUACAACACCCGACUCAACUUCACCUACUCACCAAACCAGGAACUCCGCAACAUCGACACGGAGGACGGGGAUGUGAGCGUCGACUGCACAGUGCACAAGGACCAUCCGCACUCACAGCUCUGCAAGAUCGGAUUCCCGGUGUUCAGAGCGAGCGCCAAGAUGACGAUACGGUUUAUAUUUGAGUUCAGCCGCAAAAAUAUCAUGAGCACAGCUUCGUUCUCCGCGGAAGUGAAAAGUGACAGCGAGGAGACGGCCCAGCAGCUGGAGAACAACUCCGCACGCAUCUCUGUCCCCCUUUACUACGAAGCCGACAUCAUCUUGUUCAGGGACUCUAACCUCGCACAGCUGGAGGUGAAUGACAAACCACAAAGACUGGACAUCAUUAAGGGGUUGGAUGACAUCGGUCCUGAAUUGAAAUACACUUUCAAGGUCCAGAAAUUUGGAUUCCCUCUUCCGGAAGAAAUUAAACUCAAGAUCUCCCUGCCGAUGUUCACCGCACAGAAAAACCGCCUGCUCUACGUGACCAACGUUCACUCUUCCCCGCCGGAGAUGAUGAAGUGUGACACCACUGGCAUCGUUGAUCCCCUGAACAUCGCCAAGCAUCAGUACGAGGUGCAGCAAACCACAGAGGACCUGUCUAACGUGGAGAAACUGACAUGUCCAGAUGUCCAGUGCUCUGUGUUCACGUGCACGCUCGGCCGGCUGGACGAAGGCAAGGAUGCAUCGGUCACUGUCACGUCCCGGUUCUGGAACACCACCUUCGCCACGGCCAAGUUUAAAUCUGUGAAGUUGGUGUCCCGUGGGAGGCUGGAGUUGGGCCCUUCCUCAUUUUUAUUAAUUCCAAAGGGCAGCGAAGAGAGGACGGUGGAGCUGGAGGUCACGAGGCUGGAAAACGGUGAAGUUCCGGUCGGAAUCAUCAUUGGGAGCAUCAUUGGCGGUCUCCUGCUGCUGGCUCUGCUCAUCUUUGGCCUCUGGAAGCUGGGAUUUUUCCAAAGGCGCUACAAGCAGCUGCUGCAGGAUGCAGGCCCAGAAGGUGGCGAGACCAACCCGCUGUCAGAUAUGAACACCAUCGAAGAGUAGAGCACACUGCUGCCUGCCUGCGAGCCAGGGGACAGCAGCAGCCUGCGAGCAAGCCUAUAAAACACACAAGAAUGAAUAUAAGAAAAAGCCUCAGAACUGCCUGAAGGCUGCAGUUAAGUCAUCCGGUUCUCUGUUAGAUCAAAAAAUAGAUUUUCAGAUAUACGUGUUUUUUUCUUUAUUUGUAAAAAAAAAAAUGGGCAUGUAAAACAAUGAUGGAGGUUUUAAGCCACACCGUGCUUUCUGCUGGUGCUGCCGGUUUCAGUUAGUGCUGACUUUUGGGCCUGCCUUGCUGUCGCUGCACGCGCGCUAAUGAAAUAUCGAAAAAAAUAAUAUUCAGGCCCGGUGCUAUGACUGCUCAGCGGUUACCCGGGGCACGUCCCACGAUUUCUGAACACCUUUGGGCAGGAGCGGAGCCAGGAUUUCAGGCCGGGGUGACAUUCAACAAAUUUUUAUUUCAAGAAUGAUUAGAGAGUCAGGCUGUUGAACCAGACGCCAUCGGUUGGCGGACACACUCUGACAAUGCAGUUGCACGGAGUCCGCCAGACCGAGUGUCGUACACUUAUAACGCAGAAUGUCACCCCUGUCCCCCCCCCCCCCCCCUGGCUCCGCCCCUGCCUUUGGGCUGCUGAAUUGGCUUCACUGCAGCCGGGUUUGCUUGCCGCUUAAGUGGCAAAAUAAUUAGGAAGGGGAGGGCUAUUUUCUUAAAUAUAUGUACAUAUAGAAUUGUUGGAGACCCGAUAGUGUAAUGCAUCACUGUGUUUUUGUGAGCGUUUGUGAUUCGGAGUCAAGGGUCACGCUCACAAAGGAAGGGGGCUGGCCUCCUAAAAAAUGUGCACACGUGAGCUCCACCUCCCCAGCGACGGUGGGAGAACUCACUCAGGACCCCAUAAGGUCAAAGGGCAUUGGCACAAACUCAUUCAUCCACUCCCACAUCCCAUUGCUGCACAGCCUUGAUGGUUCCUCAACAGCACAGCCAAAUCGAGCACUCAGGACCAUCACCUGUGAAAAUUGCUAAAUACAUAUAUAAUUAAGGUUUAUACAGCAUAUAAAUGCAGCUCUCACAAGAAGUUGUUAAAAAGUAGAAAAUGUGCAUUGUAGGCCAAGACUUGGAACAGGGAAAACGUAUAAAUAUAUAUGUACAGAUGGGGGGGGGGGGGACGAUAUUGAGCAUAGACCUCAACAGAUGGAGACAGAUGGAUGAAACCGGCAACACGGAUGGCUGGGAGAGAAGCAAUUCCAGACUACAGCAGCAGUGAAGGAAUGACCUCCCUUUCAACAGAGAUUGACUUUUGGUUUCUUGAAGAACACCUUGGUUACUAAAGUGGAGAGCAUAUGAAUUAAAAUUUCUAUAUCAUAGCUUGAAAUUUAAGUUUUCUUCAAGUUUGUAUUUGACCUUGCCAGAGAGAAUGCCAAAGUGUUAUUGCGUAACUGUGGAUUUGCAUGCUGCCUGAGUGAAAUUAACCAAUUGGUCAAGGAGCCCCGAGCCAAGGGAAAAACGUAGCCAACCACAGAGGCCAGUUUGGGUCUUCUGCUGGAGAACAAUGGUGAGAUCGGGAGGGGUAAUAUUUUUGUAAUUUACAUCGAAGUGUUUUCGAGUUAAGUUCGUGCCAAGGAAGCUUGUCCCAUUUUAUAGGUGUUGCACUCAGUUGUAUGUGUGUGUUUUAAAACAACUUGUAAAAUACAGUAUAGAUUAAAGUGUAUCUUGUUAAGCGAGGUGAGAACUCAAGAGAUCAGGAUAUUCUCAUUAAAGUCUCCUUAUUCUUUAACAUAUGAUUGGGAGUGUGCCUUUAGCGUUACUGUUGAGAUCAUAACCACAAUACGAACGCCGAUGACCCUUUUGGUUAAUACUUUAUAGAUUACGUUAUGCACAAAUUACGUGAAAGGAUUUUCAACAAAACCAUGCAUCGCACCUUAAUAUUCCAAUCGCUGCACUCUUCCGGGAUUUCACUGGGACUACGUUUUCCAGGAUACACGGUUCUCAGGUCACAGUUUGCUGUUACUUAUUGACUCAUAACCUCCGUGGUGGCCGGAAUGGUGGCCAGUUUCAGCGGUCAAUUAUUAAGGGUUUAGACCCCAGAGUUGGCCAACAUAACAGCACAGUACAAAUAUUUACCGUUGGGUAUUUCCAUGGUGACUCAAAACCGAUACUCCAAAUGUAUAAAUAGACUUUUUGUUAUGCCCUACAUUAAUAUAAUCAUCAACAGACGUUGCAUUCAUUACGAAAAUCAUAGCAGGCCUCCUCGUGAAAACUUUUGAUUAUUCGCAGUCACAGUGGGUACUCUAAUUACACUUCCAUGGAUUAUCUCUGCAUGGUCCAGCAGCACAGUUGGUAAAAAAAAAUGUAUUUAUAUUUACCUGGCUUUUCUUUUCCUUCCACAAAGGAGGCCAAUUUUUGCUCAACGACCGUCGCUGUUGACAAAGGGGCAGAUGCAACGUGAAUGGUGGUUGUUGUAAAACAGAAAAAGGGCUUUAGUUGGCAUGUCUUGAAAUAUAUUCUCACGCUCAUGAUACAUUUGUCGCAUUGUGCGAGGCAAUAAUUGUUUUUAUACACUUAACGCCUAUUAUAUAAAAAUGCUGUUUUUUACUAAUAUUACAUUUAGGGUGAUGGAGUGAACAAAACUGCAAAUGUGACAAAAAAAGUGAGAAACAGUAUAAACGAGGCAGUAAAAAUGAGACGUAAAAUAUUCAAUCAAAUCACGACCCCAAAUUUGUAAUAAUUAAUUGAAUCUCUAGGAGGGUGAAUUGCUACUGUCCAGUUUUUCAUGCCUUUCCGGGCAGUAUAAUCCUGGAGUUCCAUUGUCACCAAGUGAACCUGAGUGAACCUGGCCAUGUUCCUGUUUUUUUUUGCAUAAAUGCCACUCAUACUGUCGUGUUGUGUCGUCUGUGUUUAGUUUCUGGUUAGAAUUUUUAUUCAACUUGACAAGUUUGUACAUUUCAUUGCACUAGAAUUUUUUGAAGCUUUUAAAAGGUGAUCCUGGUUUCGAGGCGCUGUCCAUGUUGGGGGUACGCUCAGUGUUUGUAUUUAUUGAUUACUUCAAAAAUUAAGGUGUUUAUAUUUUUGUUGCUAGCUACAGUCUUAUGCGUGGUAUGUUGUUGAUUUUUCCAAUACAAGCAUAACAACACUGCG